AUGGACUGCAAGCUGGAGGCGCACCGCAUCGUCAGCAUCUCGCUGGGCAAGAUGUACAGCGCGCGGGGCCAGCGCGGCGGCGUCAAGUUGCACAAGAACCUGCUGGUGUCGCUUGUCCUGCGCAGCGCGCGCCAGGUCUACUUGAGCGAGCUCGACGGCGCCCCGGCCCCCGCCGCGGCGCCCCUGCCGCCGGCGGAUCCGCUGCGCGGAGGCGGCGCGGGGGAACGCCCGGCGUCGCUGCCGCGGCCGCCCCUCUUCCCUCCGCCCCGCGCCUUCCUCCGCCCCGCGCCGGCCGCACUGCCGCCGUCGGGGCCGCGCGCUAAGGCUCGCCGGGAGGAAGAGGAGGACAUGGAGACGGGCAACGUGGCCAGCCUCAUCAGCAUCUUCGGCUCCAGCUUCUCGGGACUGCUCAGCAAAAAGCCCUCGGACGGCAGCCGGCCGCGGCGGAGGCGGCAGGAGGGGGGCGGCGCGGCGGCGGGGGCGGACUCGGAGCCCGGGCAGAACUGUUGCGACGAGGCGGUGCUCCGCAGCCUGAACCCGUGGAGCACGGCCAUCGUGGCCUUCUGA